AUGUCAUACGGAUUUAAUCUAAAUGAAAGCGUUUAUGGCGGUGGCGUUAGCGGAGGGGGUGGCACUGGUGGAAGUGGUCGUAAUAGUUCAGAGAUAAUGAAUGGUAAAACCACCAAUGGUGGUCAUUCAACACCUCCUAUACGUAAAACAUCAAGACAACAAAAUGUUUAUGUUAACAAAAUUAUACAACAAAAUGGUUUCGGUAAGAAGCUGAAAAAAAAUGGUCCAUUAAUUUCUGUGAAUGGUACAACUGGUGGAGGAUCAGGUGAACAACGAUUUGAUGCACACUUUAAAGUUCUAAUGUUGGGUAAUUCUGGUGUUGGAAAGACAUCUAUACUUAGAACACUUGUUGGGGAAACAUUUUAUCAGACAACAAUAUCAACGAUAGGCAUUGACUUGAUAAAAAGGAUAUUCACGGUUGGCAGUCAUCGUAUACAGCUGGAAGUGUGGGAUACUGCAGGUCAAGAACAAUACCAUUCUAUUGUAUCUCUGCAUUUUCGAGAGGCUAAAUGUUUCAUAAUUGUUUAUGAUGUCACAGAUUUGGAAUCAUUUGAACAAAUACGUAAAUAUUGGUUAAGAUCUGUGGAUGAACACAUGGACGAUGCAGUGCCAGUUUUCUUUGUAGCCAAUAAAAUUGAUAUGAUUAAAGAUGUUAAGGUAUCAACAGAACAAGGUCAAAGGUUGACAUCACAACAAGCAGCUCAUGGAUUUUUUGAAACCAGUGCAAAAACCGGUAAAAAUAUACAGAAUUUAUUUCAAGCAGUUGCUGAAUCUAUGGUUUCUACAUGGGGUGCACCAAAACGUUGGUAUGAAAUGAAUCCUGAUGGUUAUAAUGAUUCCGAUUCUUGGUCAAAUUCUCAUUCUUCUUCACGUCACAAGGAUACGGUUCAACUGGAUCGAAAAACAAGCGACAGCAGUCAGAGUAAUACUCGAGCGAAUUGUUGCUUGACCAAUUAA